GUGCAGCGAAAGGAAGUGUUCCUGUGAUGGCCAAUCAGCAGCGAGAAGCCGUUUUAACGUCCCUCCCUCUUUUACCCCCUGCCCUUUAGUUUCGUUCCCCCCGCCUUGGCGGUGCGUCUGCGCUGUGGGGCCCUUCCAGGACGCCGUCCGCCGCGCGCCCAGUUGGAAGCCAGGCGGCGACCUGCCUCCGUGACAUGGCCGGCUCAGAGGCUGAGUGGAUAACCGUUGCCAAUAACCUUCUUUUGAAAUGCCACAUACACCUGAGGAUACGAGAACUAGAAGAUUGUGAUGCUAAUGUUUUUAUUGCUCUUUACCAAUCCAUUUUGGGAGAAAAGGUACCAGACCUCAUAGCUAUUCCCAGGAGUCAAGAGGAUGAAGCUCACAAUGUACAAGCAGUAAUUGAUUCACUGGCCUUGGAUUACCUGCAAGUCAGCUUGUCUCACAUAACAGGAGAAAAUAUAGUGAAAGGAGAUAAAGAAUCUAUUAAGAAUCUGCUAGAAAUAUUUGAUGGGUUGCUGGAGUAUCUUACAGAACACAUCAGUGAGACAUCUCAUGAGAAAAGUGAAACUGGACAGAGUUUUAAAGAAUCCCAUCAAGGAGAACUUUUGGAAGAGCCAGAAAGUACUAAGGGAUCCAGGUCAUCAUGGAAAAGGGUUUCUUUUGAGAGGUGCUCCUUGUCAUCUGAGGCUUUGGGCCCCUCUUGGGAUGGAGAUGAAACAGAAUCCACCGGUGAAAUAAUUAGACUGGGAGACACAGCACACACCUUUUCUCUAAGAAGUAAUGGUGCCAAAGGCCCUAAUGAAAUGCAGUCCAAAAAAGCCUCAACCAUAUCAUAUGAAGAAGUGCCACACCCUCCCUUAUCUAGUUUUUUGUCCAAGAACAGGACAUCUUUUGUUGAAGACAUGGAAAUUCCUUCUGUGGAUGUGAUUCCAAGUGCUAGGAAGCUAGGGGAGCCUAUUCAAUCAGCUAUUCCUUUACAUCCACCCUACCACCCUUCAGAGCCUCGAGCACCCUGUCCCAUAGGAAAAGAAUACUUGCGUUCAAGUCACAUCUCCCCUGCCAUGAAUUCUACUGGAGAGCGCACAGCAUUUUCUGUGGAAUCAGAUAAUAAAGUUCCCUUAACUUCUGAGUUGCCUAAAGAUAGCAAACAGGAAGUGUGUUCAGCUCAGAUCCAAGGCCCUAGGACAAGGAAGUUUCCCAAAGGAAAAAGAUAUGAAAGCAGACCUGCAGUCUCAUCCUGGGAUUCAGCCGUCUCUCAGAGGCCAAGAAAGAGGUUAACAGAACAAGAAUUACAUUCAGUUUCCAAGAAACUCUCUCAACGGCUCUCUGAACUAGAUUGGAUGUUAAAAAGUGCCCUGGGUGAUCGAAUUAAAGAAAAGACUGACUAUGAAGAAGACGAUAUUGGAAACGAAGAGAUGGAGAGUAGGAAGGAUGAAACACUAUCUCAGCACAGUGACAGCAUCAUGGAGUAUGGGCCGAAGAAUCGAAGGCCAGGACUUUCCACGCGUAGAAGGCCGCCCUGCAGAUCUCACUCGCUCUCUCCAUCUCCACUUAACAAAAACACACAGUUCCAUAAGGAGAGAAAAAGGCAGCGAAAGCCAAAAGAAACAGAUAUUCGGCAAUUCCAAGCAAAGGCAAUAACUGAAGCAUUUGAAAGGGAACUAAGAAGAAAUAAAGUUCAAGAGAAUAUUGGAUCUCUAGGAAUAAAUGAGGAGGAAACAGAAAAAAUAUACAGAGAAGCUGUUCAUAAAGGAACUCCAAAACGUAGUCAGCCCUGGAAGACUUACUCUAGAAAAACCACAACUCCAAGUCCAAGAGGUGGCUUGCCAAAGCCAAAUAAAGCAGUUCCAAUGAAAGUAAAUGAACACAGUCUCCUGCCCCUCAUGCUGGAGCAGUUUCCAUUUCUCUAUGUUUCUGGCCAAACACUAAGCAAAAUGUGGAAACAGCAAAUUACACAGGUUGAACAGCUCAAAAAAGAUGCAUAUAGAGAAAAUCAAUCAAAGAAGAAACUCCAGGAUGAAAUAGAAGAAGCCUUAAAAAGGCAUGACCUCCUUACUGCACUUGUCAAGAAAGAAUAUGAACAUAGCAAGAGACUGCAAGACUUCAAGGACCGCAUUCAUAGGCAGAAGUUGACACAGUCAAAGAUAACAGAAAAUCGGCAACAGAUUGUCCGUGCCCGAAAAUACUAUGAUGAUUACAGAGUUCAGUUGUGUGCAAAAAUGAUGAGAAUGAGGACCCGGGAAGAAAUGAUUUUUAAGAAAUUGUUUGAAGAAGGUUUACAAAUUCAAAAGCAAAGAUUACGAGACCUAAGAAACUAUGCCAAAGAAAAGCGAGCCGAACAAAAGAUACAGCACCAGAAUGAACUGGACUCAAUGGAGAACUACUAUAAAGACCAGUUUUCAUUGCUGGCAGAAGCCAUAUCACAAGAACGCCAGGAACUCAAAGCCAGAGAGAAAUCCCAGGCCCAGGCCCAGUUCCUGUGCUAAAAGUCAGAACACUGUGAACAUCCGGGUGGGGCAGGAGAAAUAUCUGAGAAGGGUCCCUCACCCACCCCAUGGACUGCUACAGCUGCCUCUCCACUUUCUCCACUUACAAAACACUUCAAGGGAGACAGAAGUGGGGUUUACAGCUCAUAGACUGUUAACCCCAAUAAAUCACAGCCCAAAUAUCCACGAAAGUAUGCUGAUCAGCAAGAGUUGAGCGUAUCACCUUGGCAAUGUAGCCAACUGUAUAAUGAACACAAACACAAGGAAGAAGCUAUAUCCCUGGCAACUAGUACAGAGCCUGACACACAGUAGGAGCACAGGUUAUUUGUUGAAUGAACAAGUCAUAGGGCAAAGACCUGAUAAAAUGUAACUUUAAAAUCUGGCUCGUCAGGGCACCGGCUCAGUCUGUAGAACACGUGACUUGAUUUCCAGGUUGUGAAUUUGAGCCCCACGUUGGGUACAGAGAUUACUUUAAACAAUAAAUAAAAAUACUAAGAAAAAAAAAAAGAUUUAACCCUUGGGGUGCCUGGCAGGCUCAGAAGAGCAUGAGACUCUCGAUCUUGGAAUUUUAAGCUCGAGCUCCAUGUUGGGUGUAGAGCUUACUUAAAAAUAAAAAAUCUUGGGGUGCCUGGGUGGCACAGUCAGUUAAGCACCCAACUCUUGGUUUUGGCUUAGGUUGUGAUCUCAGGAUCAUGAGGUCAAGCCCCGCACUGGGAUCCACACUCAGUAUGGAGUCUGCUCGGGAUUCUUUAUACCUCUCCCUCUGCCCCUCCCCUCCAUGCUCCCUCUAAUAAAUCUUUAAAAAAAAAUUUUAAAUCUUUAAAAAAUUAAAACCUGGCUUGUCCGGUUUGCUAAGAGUGUUAAUGUAGGAAUGUAAUCCUUUUUCCCAUAUAAUUACCUCUAUGCUGUUACAAGGCUCUUGUUCUGUUGUAUGUAUCCUAACUGUUGAGCAUCUGGGAUAUACGAGACAAAUAAAUGCAGUGGGUACCAAGGUUAACCCUCUUUAUAACGAAGAGACAAACCUUCCAGGUCGCCGCACAGCAGAAAAACAUAUCAAAUCAAACUUUUGGGUAAUUCAUAGAGUAUAAAAACACUAAAAUCCUUACUAUACUAACACUACAAAUUUUAGAUAAUAACCAGUGAACAUGGCAAUGCUUUAAACAAGCAAAAAAUUUCAAAAAGGACGCCCCUCCUCUGGGCUUUACUAUCGCCCUCCCACCUCCCUGCGCUUCCCCGACAGUCCUUUCUGUGCGGCCUGUGCCGCAGGGGACUGACACAGCCUGUGCUCUGGAUGAAGAAACCUCGGAGCCACUCCUUUCUCGACCCGUAUACUCAGCUGGACUUUCAUCCGCUAUCCACUGUCAUUCAUUCCGGAGCAGCCUCCGAAAUCCAUCCCCACACAGCCUCCCCCUCCCGAGCAGCCGUCGGCAGCCAGUCAAGCCAAUCAAUCUGCUCGGCCGGGAU